AUGGGCGCAAGCGUUUCGUGGCUGUCCAACAUUCUCUGGGCCAAAAAGGAGAUUCGCAUCCUGAUUCUUGGUCUCAUUGGCGAAGUUGUCACAACGAUACCCACGAUAGGAUUCAAUGUUGAAUCCGUCACUUACAAGAAUCUGAACUUCAACGUCUGGGACCUCGGCGGCCAAACCUCGAUUCGCCCCUAUUGGCGCUGCUACUACGCCAACACGGCCGCCGUCAUCUUCGUCGUCGACUCGACCGACAUUGACCGUCUGCAGACGGCUGCCGACGAGCUCGCCGCCAUGCUCAACGAGGAGGAGCUCAAGGACGCGGCGCUGCUUGUCUUCGCCAACAAGCAGGACCAGCCCGGCGCCAAGGGCGCGGGCGAAAUCUCCGAGGCUCUGCGCCUCGGCGAACUGCGCGACCGCAACUGGAGCAUCAUGGCGUGCUCGGCCGUCGACGGCAGCGGCGUCAACGAGGGCAUGGACUGGCUCGUGCAAACCGUCUCGCAAGAAUAA